AUGCUUUUCUUGACAUCAGUGUUUACUUCAAUUGCUGCUUUGCUUGUGCAAAGGGCACAGGCUGAUUGCCAGCUUGUUGGUGGCAACUACUACUGUUCGGAGACAACAGCAGUCGCCUACGAGAAUAUCGGAUACUCGGGCUCGUACUCGGACGUCACCAACAUGGAUGAGUCCUCGUGCAAGUGCUCGCAGGAGUCAGUUUCGUUUUCUGGAUCUAUGAGUCCCCUUGACGAGGAGUUAUCUGUUCAUUUCAGAGGCCCAAUCAAGCUCUCUCAAUUUGCCGUCUACUAUCCUGCUUCCGGCUCCUCGUCUACCAAGAAGGCAAAGAGGGAUGAAGGCGAGUCUUGCGAGACCGUCCAGCAUGUUCAUCACAUGCAUAAGCGGGCAGCAGCCGUCACUUAUGUCGAGACAACUGCCACGGUUUAUGCCGAUGGCUCUAAUGCAGAGGCUGCAAGCACUAAUGCUGCAACUUCGAGCACCAAGGCUGCCCCUUCAUCUUCUUCAUCUUCCUCUUCAUCAUCUUCCUCCUCUUCUGCUGCCGCCGGAGAUUGGGUCAGAACCUCGUACUACAAGCCGGGUUCAGCCACGAAUGUCACAUUCUUGAACACUCUCGGUGGCACAGCCGGCUCCGGAACCUGGUCCACCUGUUUCGGUAACUCCUUGUCCUACUGCGCUUCCGACGGCUCGUCUGCCGCCGGCUCGGCCGAAAUCUUGGAUGAUGUCACUCUCGAGUCAAACACUGAGUUCAUGGUGAUGUCUUCGUCCGAAUGCGGCGACUCCUCGGCCUCCGGCGACUGUGGCUACUACAGAUCCGACAUCCCUGCAUUCCACGGCUUUGGCGGUGCAGACAAGAUCUUUUUCUUCGAGUUUCAGAUGCCUUCUGAUUCGUCCGCUUCCGGAACAAACCCAGACAUGCCUGCAAUCUGGCUUUUGAACGCCAAAAUCCCAAGAACUCUCCAGUAUGGUGACUCUUCUUGCUCAUGCUGGUCUACCGGCUGUGGUGAGCUUGAUCUCUUUGAGAUCUUGUCUCAGGGUUCCGACAAGUUGAUUUCCCACUUGCACGAUGGCCAGGGCAACAAUGGUAACGCUCAAGGCGGUGGUGGUUCCCAGGACUACUUCGCCAGACCUGUUGACGACACAAUGAGUGCCGUUGCUGUUUUCUCUGGCAGCACCAUUAUGAUUGCUCAGUUGGACAACUCCACGACUCUCGGUUCGACUAUUUCUGAGAGUACCGUGAGCUCAUGGUUGUCGCAGAGUGCAUCUGAUGCUACUAUCGCAUAG